AUGCUGCUCUUGUUUUGUUCUCUUCCCCAGGUUUCUGCAAAGAAACCAGAAACAGGGGUGCAGGGGAGCAAUGGUAGCAACCUGAAGCAGUACAAUAUACUGGCUGCGCUGGGCAUAAAGAGCCCCCCCAAUAGUGGAGGACAGGAGAAUUGCGAGCCUCCGUUGAAGAAAAUGAAAGAGACUCCCACGCCCAUGCAGCUGUUCAAACAGCUGGCCAGCAAGAUGUGGAAGCCACGGGAAGCCUCGGAAGCCUCGCCCACCGAGGUGGAGGGCGUGGUCGAGGAGAGAUCUGACUUUGUGAAGGAAUUGGAGAAGUCCGAAGGAACGCCAUCGUUUCAGGUGCAAUUGAAGACCGCAUCUGAAGAAUGUGUGCGGGUGACUUUCUCCGGUGCUGCCGCGCGGGUUUUUCACCGGAGUUUGGGUUUACAACGAGGUAGCCGGAUUCGGAUACAGGGUUUCACUCGAUUCGUGCGAGAUGGCAUUGAGGAGCUACGCUUGGAAGAUGUGCAUCCAGGAGUUUCUGUGAAAGUUCUUGCAACAGCAGCUAUGUCUCAGUCUAAGGAGGUGCUGCAACUCAGAGAUCUCCAGGCGCACUUGGCCAAGGUUAAGAAAGGUGAGGCCAAAGCUGUCGUCACCGUGGAGGCCAUCGCCAAACACAUCGGCAAGCUCGAACAUGAAGAGCCAGUGACCUACGCAGAGCAGUUCGGAGAAACCUUGUUGGGCUCGACACUGAGAGCGUUGAACAUCAUUGGAGCAUUGGGUGGUUACAAGAACUCGUUCUUGCUGCCUGGUCGCCGCAUCCUCAUCAGCAACGCUCGUGUACGUGAAGCCCACGGAAGACCAGAGCUGACCGGAUGUGCAAGCAUGAACAUUAGAAGCGCAGUUUGA